UCAUUGACGAGUGUCAUAUACCUGUGACGGCAGUUCACUUCCUGGUCAGGCAAGGCUGCCAUGAAACGACAACGGCAACAGUAGACGACGUGUGAUGCUGUUAUGGCUGCUGCAUUUGGUCUAGUUUUGGCUCUCAUUGUUGGACUAGCACAAAAGUCAGAUGCUCAAGCGUUAAACAUAGUCCUUGUGACUGACGACCCCAAGGAACUGGACGCCGUCGGUCUCAACUGUACCGUGGCCAAUUUCACCUCCGUCAGCACCGUGAAUUUCACGCAAACUUGGCAAGGGGAGGUAAUUCGACUGAUCCCUAAACAAGUGGAUGUACAUGCUUCGACUCUUAGAGUAGUGGAUUUUACCCUGCAGGACGCAGGGACUUAUGGCUGUCAAGUUGGAUCAGUCAAAUCCACUGAAUCCAUCGACCUUUCCGAGAAAGUUGCCAUGGCGCCGAGGUUGAUGUCUGCCGCCCAUGACGUUGUGUAUGCAGAAGUUGACAUCAAGACGACGUUGCGGGCUACGUUCCUCAAUUUGUCGACGCUGUCGGUAUUCAAAUGGAGCAAAGAUGGCGAGGAGCUGAAGCCGGUAUCCAAGGAGGAAGUGGCUAUUGGCUACCGCAUGCACGGCACACCCGUCGAAGUUUCAGGGUCACGUUUGUUCAGAACGCUGACGACAUCGUCCUCCGACUUCGGAUACCACUAUGUCACAGCAUGCACACGUGGUGGGUGCACCUCCGCCGUCAUCGAGCUAAGACGGACGGCUCGACCGGAGUCACCCCUUCAGUUUCAAGUAGUGGACAACUUCACAGCCGGCUUCUGGUUCACGUGGAGGUCAGGGUUCAACGGGGGAGGGGAUCAACGUUUUGAGUUGUCAUACAAACGUGCGGACUCCACCAGAGGCUGGGUCUACGCGAAGGUCGACGAGGACCCGGGAGUUGGACAUAUUGUUUAUGCCCAUAUAUCCGGUCUCGUACUGAAUACCGGUUAUGACGUCAGAGUGCAAGCCAUCAACAAGCGAAAUGCUCUGCUGACAUCCAACUUUACAGAGGAACUGUUUGUGUUUGUUAAAGGUCCUGCCACGUCAUCGGACAUUGGGGUGGGGGCUGGCAUCGGUAUAGGAAUCACCGUGGCCCUCCUUCUCGCCGCGGGUGUGUGUCUGGCAGGGUACUACGUGUGGCGGGCCAAAUGGACAAACGACCCUCGCCUGACGGACGCAGAAUGCAGAUCUAACAUCACGUUGUCGGCACAGAGCAGCACGAAGUCAGAACCGCCCAGGAAAGACAGCAAUUCAGACAAUGGUACCGAGAAGACAGCCAGCCCCUUUAGCCCAAGUCUGCCCCGACCCUCAAUGCCAAGACCACCUGUGCCCGGCAGCCAGGACUCCCACUCCCCGGGGCUCCCUCGCUCUGCCGCACCCCUACCCCCUGCAGCCACCUCUCGGAAGAAAGACAAAAGCGAAAAGCCGCCCGCUCCGACUUCGGAUGAGACCUACGAGGCGGUAGAGACUGAACAAGGAGAAUACGUCGCUCCCAUGAUGCACUACCAGAACAUGUGAUCAC